UUUCUUAUUGAAUUUUGCAAUAAUAUGAUCAAAUUUACAGAGUUUCUGUCAUGAUACAGGCAUAGUCGAUGUGUUAUGAAUUCAAGAAAGUCGAGACAGAAUGCUAACAACAAACCUUACAGCUACCAACAGUUAGGUGCAGAGGUUCAAAACUCGAAAAAGUCAAAAGUUUAUGUGUUUGGUGAUGCAGAUGUCCAUGAAGAUGAGAUUGUUGAAUUUGAAAUGUCUGAUGUGCGAUCGCGCAAAGGGGGGCCAAAGACCAUUGCUAAAGAGGACGAUGAACAGCUUUAUUAUGAGAGAGAAAUUACUGAAGGCGACACAUUACGCAGUCUUUCAUUACAGUAUGGAUGUCCGGUGGCUGAAAUCAAGAGAAUUAAUAACAUGAUUCAGGAUCAAGAGUUUUAUGCUUUCAAAAAGAUAAAAGUGCCAAUUAAAAAGUAUUCAUUUCUGACAGAAACACUUAAAACAAAGACAGAGUCAGAAAAGCCUCAGUUCAAUGGAUUAACAGUUGUGGAUGAAACUGACACAGAGCAUACCUGUAAUGAGUCGGACUCUGAGUCUACAUGUAAUAUGAGUGACCCAGACACUCAGAGGUUGUUAAUAAAAAAAUCUCUCAGCAUCAGAAGCCAGACUAGCAACCAGUCGAAAGAUGCCAGGAGAUUUCUGCGCAGCAUGGAUAAAGACUUGGCAAAAAUCUGUAAAUCAGCAAAAACAAAUCACAAGUCAUUGGAUGAAGUUGUCUCUCUUUUGACCAAUAGAUCAAUUCAGCCCAUUCCUCCACCCAGAAGGAAGUUUUUCGGUGCAGACUGUGGUAUCACAUGGUGUUCAAUGAUAAUUGUCAUGGUCAUACUUGUUAUUUUGAUACCUUUAGGAAUCUUAACUUAUUUAUGGUUCACAGGCCACUUUAAUUCUACGAAUCAGAAUGAAGGAUGAUGAAGAGGGGCUUUAGAGAUUAAACUUAAGACAUAUCAUUUAGUUGAAAAAGUAAAGCAAUUACAAGCACCUAUUAAAUGUUUGUGAAAGUGGGGCUUAUAAUAUUUAUAAAGAUAUACAUGUAUGUUUAGGUGCAUAUCAAUCAACUUGCAAGACACUGAUAAUAAUUUUCAAAAUCUAUAAUUUUGAGCGGUAACAAAUUGUACAUUAUAGGUAUCCAGCCUGUAUGACUUUUUAGUUCACCUGAGCUGAAAGCUCAAGUGAGCUUUUCUAAUCAAAAAGUGUCUGGCGUCUGUCUGUUGUGUAUUGUCUGCAAUUUAUUUAUUUUUUUUAUAUAUUUUUUUUAUAUUUUUGACUUCUUCUCCAGAACAACUGAGCCAAUUUUAACCAAACUUGCCACAAGGCAUACUUGGGUGAAGGGGAUUCAUUUUUUUUUUCAAAUGAAGGGCCACGUCCUCUUUCAAGGGGCAAUAAUGUAGAAUAAGUGAAAAAAUUAAUGGCAUCAUUUUAAAAAUCUUCUUCUCAAAAAGCACUGGGCAAGAAAAGAUGAAACUUAUGUGAAAGCUUCAUUACAUUGUGAAAAUUCUGUUUAAUUCAAAUCAUUACCCUCAGGACUAGACCGGGUCAGAAUUGGUGAUCAAAGUUUUACAUAGGAAUAUACAGGAAGAAAUUAAAAAUAUUCUAAGCAAAGCCAUGAUUUGUCAUAUUGAUAUGGAAGCUUCCUCAGGUAGAGUAGAUUCAGUUUUGUCAAAAUCAUGACCCCUUGGGCUAAGGUGGGUCCACAACAGGUGAUCAAAAUUUUUACAUAAUAAUGUAUAAGAAAAAACUUUGAAAAUCUUUUUCUCUGAUGAGAACAGCAAAGCCAUGAUUAAUCAUAUUGAUAUAGAAGCAUCCUCAAGUAUUGUAGAUUCAAAUUUGUUCAUAUCAUAACCCCUGGGGUAUGGGGGGCACAUCAGAUGAUCAAAGGUUUACAUAAUAUUGUAAAAGAAAAAGUUCUUUAAAAAUCAUCUUCUCAAGAAGAUUAGAGCCAUGAUUAGUCAUAUUUAUAUGAAAGCAUCCUCAGAUAGUGUAGAUUUAAGUUUGUUCAAAUCAUGACCCUCAGGGUUAGGGUCGGGCUACAUUUUUUUAUGAGCCUGGGUUUAUUUUACAUUGUGCAUGUAUACAGGAAAAAAAUCUCCAACAAAACAGCAGGACUGUGUUGAUUGUAUUGAUAUUGAAGUAUCCCAAUGUUGUGCUGAUUUAACUAUGAAUAAAUCAAAACUCAUUUAGUCCACAACAUGGAGUCAAAAAUCAUAUUAUGAAAUUAAAGAGGGAAUUUUAAAAAAAAAAUCUGCUUGGCUAAAGUGACUCAGGUGAGUGUUGCGGUUCAUGGACCUCUUGUUUAUAUUCAGAGACUUUUGUCUCUUAGAAAAUCAUGAUUUUGAUUACCAUACAAAGUUAGAUAUCUGAUUAAUAUUUAUACAGCUUUAUGAUAUUUAAACGUGUACACUACAUACACUAAAAUAACUGACGGAGUAAUUCUUCAAAAGAAAAAGGGCAGUAUGUGUUGUACAUGUCCAAUUUAAUGAUUUUUAAAGAAUGUACUGUUUUGUUUUAAAUGCUAAAUACAUUGCUUUUAUGUCAGUGUUCUUUUCGUGGACAGUACAAUUACUAAGUAUAUUGUAAUACAACUGAUUGUUUAUAUUUUAAUUACCAAAAAAAAGAAACAAUUGCAUAAACACUGGUGCCAACAGUGAAUUUCACAGUGUGAAAUUGUUAUAGAGAGUGUACAUCUGAGAUGCUGACCUUUGUAAGUGUAUGAUUUGCACAUUCGUUCAUGUUGUAAAAUGUAUGUACAAUAUGUUGAGAAACUGAUUUGUUAUCCUUUUGUUGUGAACCUGACACUCAUGUCUUUAAAACGUAAAAAUCUUUAAAAAAAAAAAAAAAGAAGAAAUUAUCAAAACUCACUAAAAUGUCUGAAGUUCAAUGAAAAUUAUUCAUUACACUUUGGCGAAGAUUGAGUAUCUUUAUAAAAUGCAUAUAUCAGAUAUUAAAUGAAGCCAAACUUGUACAUUAACUUGUUUAUGUGUUGAACACAGUGUACAAUAUAUAUGAUAGUUUUGAGCAUUGUAAACCAGCAACACAUUACCUGUUUUAUGCAUAUUAUAUAUGGAUUUCACUGUAAUUGCCAGUUUGUUAUAUGCUUUGGAUUAUGCUGGAUCCAUGUGUGUAAUUCAUUGUGAAUAUACAGAUGAACAUAAAUGCAGUGGAAAAUAUUACCAAUAGUAACAAAUGUGUUUGAUGUCAGAACCUCUUUUCCAUCAACAUAAGCAUAUAUACUUACUUAUGGCUAAUUCAAGAUGUCAAAGUGUGAUUAUGGAAAUUCAGGUUAAAUAUAAACAACUCUCCUUGAAUGUGCAAAAGUAAUAUUUAUUGAAACUUUUUUUCUCAUUAUAUAUGAGAUUCACUUCCACUGUUUCUGACAGAUUAAGUAAAUCUGGCUUUUUCAGCUUUGCAGAGUCUUUUCAUCUGUUAUAUAAUUGCAUCAUCAAUUUCUUUAUUGAUCAUUAUUAUAAAAACUUUGCAGAUUCAUCAAAUUAGGAACUCCUCUUUACACAGCACACGAGUUCUUGUUUCAUGGUACUUUAAAGAAGUUAGCGUGAACUGCACUUCUGUUAAAAAUUGAAUAAACUGGUAUCUACUGUGUAAUACUGUGAAAUCACUAAUUUUCUUGGGGUCUUAAUUUUCAAUGAUUUUGAGGUAUGAAGAGACCCACAAAUUCAUGACCACCACAAAAUGUAAAAUGUCAUAUACAUACCUCAACAAUUCUUCAACCACAAAAUCAAAUCCCCACAAACCUGUAGGUUUUUUGCUCAAACCAUGAAAAAUUUGACCCCAAGAAAAAUGUGAUUCUAAAGUACAUAGUAUUUAUAACAAUUUAAGCACUUUUAAUAUUAUAUUGUUCAAAUUGAAAUAAUUGAAUGCUUUAUUUGCAUAUAUUUUCCCUAUUUAAAUAAGUAAGCAACAGUGAUUUCUGUUUUGUUUUCCUUGAACAUUUUUCCUGGGGGACAACAACAGGCACUCUAAGUUGAAAAUGAAAGAAAUCAACUUAAUAUUUUCACCUUCUAUAGUUUAUGUAAUAUAAUUUUCUCAAUGUCCACAAUAUAUUUUUAUUAGUGUAUAGAGGGUCUUUAAUUUUUGAUGUCAUCAGUGAUAAACAGUUUUUUUUAUAGUGUAUUACAGUCGUCAAAAUUAGGCUUUUCAAGUAACUGGCCCAAGCACUUUCAAGUGUAAAUUUUUAUUGAAGCGUAUGAAAAAAAGUCACUACCCGGACUUUAUUUUCAUUGACCAUGCAGUGUCCAUCAACCACUGUUAAAGUGGAUGACUGGUGUUGUGUUACUAUCUUGUUUUUCGUAAAUAUUCAUUUGCUUUUGACAACAAUUUUUUUUUUGCAAUACAUGACUGUCAUUUUGCUUUUGCAAUCAAACUUCUUUUGAAGUGGAUAUUGAUUUUGAAAUUUGCUUUAACAGGAAGUGGCUGGAAUUACCCAUCCUGAAAGCUGUUGCAGAAGUAUGGUGUACAAAACAUAUCUUUGGGCAAUUUGUGGUUUUACACAAAGUAUUACAGUUCAAUAAAUGGAUAUUAUAAGUGUACUUUUUUUCAUUUUAGAAGUACAUAUCCAUGAUCAAUGCCUAUCAUGUUCAAUUUCUAGGUUGUAUUACACCAUUGAAUGUGUAAAAUUGUACAUGUAAUUUCAUAAUUAUUACAUAAUCUGUGGAGUCUGUGAUGGUGUUGGUGAUACGAUCAAUUAAAAAUCUGUCAAGAAUAAAAGAGACAAUAUAACAAUA